UAGAAUAUUUGGUUCAGACAAGAAUCGAAUGUGGAUUAAUGAAUAAUGAAAAUUCAUAAUCCAUAUCUACGAAUAUUUGUUCUCUUACAUGGAACAUCCGGUAUUCAACUAUUACCAAUACGUCGGAAUGAUUGGCAUUCAAUUAUAUCAUUCAUAAUAAACAUUACAUUGAAUGUGAUAACGUAUUGGGCAAUAUUCAUCGAUUCACCGGCUGGCGAUGAAAAUAAAUGGUCAGAUUCAUCAUCGGCUAAACUUUAUGAUUAUUUUAGACGUGCAAAUUUCUAUGCAAUUUAUCCAAUAAUUUAUGCCGGUUCAAUUGGUAGUUAUCUUGCAUAUGGACAUUGUAUUAUUGCCAGUCUUGAUUCAACGGCAUUCAUUAUUGUACGGGAUUGUAAACAAAAUCGUUGGAAAUCAUUAUUAAUAUUUUUAUUGGGAAUGAUUUUUUGGAAUCAAAGAUUCAUCAUACGUGAAUUACGUUAUCUAAUCAAAUUAUCACUAAACAAUUUUCGAACAUUGAAAUUAUUGACUGGAAUGUAUCUAUAUCAUGCAACACAAUUAACAAAUUGGUAUCUACUUUGUUACUAUCAAUUGAAUAUAUUUUUUACAUUGAAACAAAUAUCUCAUAAAUUAUGGUCAAAUGAAUCGAUGCAAAGGACGAAUAGUUUUUCAUUGGAACAACGAUUAUAUCGAUCAAUUAUUCAACUAUCAGAACAAUGUCGCCAUCUACAAUAUUAUUAUUCAUUUAUAAUCCUUUUUAUUUUGAUUGAAUUAUCUGAUUCCAUCAUUGGUAAUCUAUGCUAUUUAAUGAUUGAAUCAUUUGGCACCAAGAUAGGAUGGUUGUCCAUAUAUGAACAAUGUGUACGUUGGUGUUUAUUAAUUGCAUUGGUCGAAAUGAAUCAUCGAAAUUUAAUACUUUUUGAUCGUAUUGAUCAACAUUUUUAUAGGAAACUUUCCACUACCAUACAGAUGAUGAUCAAUACAAAUUGUUCUCAUGUUCAAUAUGAUCGAAUAGCACGUUUUAGUAAAUUUAAUCAAUUGAACAUUUAUCGUCAAUAUUAUCAAUUGUCAUUAUUCAAUUGGUUAAAUGUAAAUAUUUCAUUAUUGAUUGAUGUAUUUUUCUUUUCAUUAGCAUAUGUAUUGAUUAUUUCACAAACGACAACCAAUUGA